AUGUACGAAGGGAUUGACAACUUGAAAUCCCUUUACGACCGUGCCGGGAAGACUUUCUCCGGCGGUCCUUCUGCGGCACAGGAUGUGCCGCGUCGUACUGCUCAACCAAACCCAGUAGGUCGAUCAUCAGUUGGGAUCGGGGCUCCCAAGUAUCCCAGGACGGGGGAUAUCCGCGCCACCGGACGAGAUAACUCGUCCGACGUCCGUUCACGUCGCGGUGGUUCAACAGCUGCUCAACCAGAUAGCGCCGGCCACCGCGAGAGUCCUCUAAUGGAGGUGGAGGAGGAGGAAAGACGCUCUCUACACGAUCAUGGGGAUCCGUGUGUUCCCGAGAGCUUCUUUGAUCGCGUAACGCAAGGGUUACGCAACGAUCUCGAACAUGAGCGGAAUAGGCGUCUCCAAAUGGCGGACACUGUCUCGAAGCAUCGAGCUGAGUUUGCCUUUGCUAAGCUUGAGAACGAGAGAUCUCUGACAUCUCUUCGUGACGAGCUAAGGGUAGCUCGUGGGAUUGUUGAUCGGUCUCGGGCUGAGAUAACUGCUCUUCAGACCCUUGUCGAUGCCCACCAUCGGGAGCACAAGGCCCUCUGUGAGAUGCUUGAGCGCAAGGGCGUUCUUCUCCGGAAGAAGCAGCGUACUGAUGGUACGGCUUAA